AUGGCGGACGGCAGCUUGACGGCCAUCCAGGAAACCCGGGUGGCCAUUUCGAUAAGUCAUACACAAGAUAAGCAUUUUGUGUGUAACAAAUGUGGAAAAGAUUCUUGGCAAGAGCAUUUUCUCAUUAAUCACGGAGGAACCUGCACUUCUGAGAAACCCCAUAAAUGUAAGGAGUGUGGGAAGGCCUUUAAGUACGGCUCUCGACUAAGUCAACAUCAGAACAUUCACUCUGGCAGGAAGCCGUAUGAGUGCAAGCAAUGUGGGAAAGCCUUCAAUUCGGGCUCGAAUUUCGUACAACAUCAGAGAGUCCAUACUGGGGAGAGACCUUAUGAGUGUAAGGAGUGUGCCAAGGCCUUCGGUCGAAGCUCACAGUUGAUUGAACAUCAGCGGAUCCACACUGGUGAGAAGCCCUACCAGUGUAAAGAGUGUGGCAAGGCCUUCAAUCGGAUUUCACACCUUAAAGUGCAUUACAGAAUUCACACUGGCGAAAAGCCCUAUGCGUGCAAGGAAUGUGGGAAGGCCUUUGGCCAUCGGUCUCAGCUGAUUCAACAUCAGACCAUUCACACUGGCAAAAAGCUCUAUGAGUGCAAGGAGUGUGGGAAGGCCUUCAACCAGGGCUCAACUCUUAUUCGACAUCAGAGGAUUCACACUGGUGAGAAACCCUAUGCUUGUCACAUCUGUGGAAAGGCCUUUCGAGUGAGUUCACAGCUGAAGCAACAUCAGAGAAUUCACACUGGAGAGAAGCCCUAUGAAUGUAAGGUGUGUGGUAGGGCCUUCAAGCGCUUCUCCCAUCUAACUGUUCAUUGCAGAAUUCAUACAGGUGAAAAGCCGUAUGAAUGUACGGAGUGCGGGAAGGCUUUUAGCCAUUGCUCCCAGCUGACUCAACACCAGGCAAUUCACGCUGCGAAAAAGCCCCGUCAAUACAAGGAAUGUAGGAGAGUGUUAGCUCGUGAUUUAAGUACUACUCAACAUCAGAAGGUACAGAAUAGAGAAACGCAUGUGAAUAUGCUAAACGUGGGAAGUCCUAUCAGUACAUGUCCCUUAUUAAUGAUCAGAGAAUUUAUGUUGGCAAGCAACCGUACGAAUGGGAGGAGCAAGGAGAGUCCGUUAGCUUAGAAUGGUCACGGCU